AGUGUGAGGAGAAGUGCAGAGUCUGUUCUGGGAGUUUUCUGAAGUUUUCUGAAGUUGGAUCUUUUAUCUCAGGCUUUAGUAAAGAUUGAGGAUGAGUAUUGAUGAGUAUUGAUGGAGGUCUCUGGGCCGGACUGAGAGCUGCUGUUUAUUCAGGGUUUACUGAAGAUUUAUCACCUUCUGUUUCUAUCUUCUCUGAUGAUGUCACUUCCUGUUGGACGUAUUAGUGGAUGGAGAUGAUCAGUCACAGAUCAGAUCAGGAAUGUAUUUAUUGGAGGUUUUACUGAAGAGAGGUCAUAAUCUGGCUGUACGAGAUCGAGGAGGAACCAGUGAUCCGUACGUAAAGUUUAAAUUAGGGAAGAAAGAAGUUUUCCGCAGUAAAAUCAUCCAUAAGAACCUGAACCCGGAGUGGGAGGAGAGGUUCUGUCUGCCUGUAGAAAACCUGAAUGAACCUCUUUAUAUAAAGGUGUUUGAUUAUGACUUCGGGCGUCAGGAUGAUUUCAUGGGGUCUGUGUUUCUGUACCUGGACUCUCUGGAGCUCCGCCGAGUUCAUGAUUUUAAUCUGGAGCUGCAGGACUCCGGUUCUCCGUAUGAAGACCUCGGUUCCCUAGAGCUGGAGGUUAAACUGAGCCCCAGAGAUGGAGGAAAUCCAGACAAUGAAAAAGGGUUUAAAGUUCAGCGCUGGAAGCCGUAUGUGGCUAAAACUAUGCUUCUGACCCGGAGCUGGAAAAGAGCCAGUAAGCAGCAGCAGCAGGGUCAGCGGUUGUGUGAGGUGCACAGGAAGUCUCAGUUGUGGUGCAGUGUGGUGAGCGUGGGUCUGGUUGAGGGUCGUGAUCUGAGACCGAUGGAUCAGAACGGCCUCAGUGACCCGUACGUCAAAUUCAGACUCGGCUCUGAGAAAUACAGGAGCAAGACGGUGCUGAAGACCCUGAACCCGCAGUGGAGGGAGCAGUUCGACCUGCACCUCUUUAAUCAGGACGGGGGCGUCCUCGACAUCUCCGUGUGGGACAGGGACAUGGGCCGGCGGGACGACUUCAUGGGCCGGUGUAGUCUGGAUCUGUCCACUCUGAGUCGAGAGCAGACGCAUAAACUGGAGCUGGAUCUGGAGGACGGAACCGGACAGCUGGUGUUACUGGUGACUCUCACGGCCUCAUCCGACGUCUCCAUCUCCGAACUCACCGUCAACCUGCUAAACGACCCUCAGGAGCACCAGCAGAUCCUCCACAGAUACAGUGUGUGGAGGUCUCUGUGUGAUCUGAGGGAUGUUGGGAUUGUGCAGGUAAAGGUAUUGAGAGCUGAGGGUCUGAUGGCAGCUGAUGUUACAGGGAAGAGUGAUCCGUUCUGUGUGGUGGAGUUGUGUAACGAUCGUCUGCAGACCCACACCGUCUACAAGAACCUGAACCCAGAGUGGAAUAAAGUCUUUACUCUGAAUGUGAAGGAUGUUCACUCAGUGUUGGAGAUCUCGGUGUUUGAUGAGGAUCGGGAUCGAAGCGCCGACUUCCUGGGUCGAGUGGCCGUUCCUCUAUUAACCAUCCGGAACAGAGAACAGAAAGCUUACGUCCUGAAAAACAAGGAUCUGACGGGACCGACCAAAGGGGUGAUCUUCCUCGAGGCAGAGGUCUUCUUCAACAGCGUAAAAGCCAGCCUGCGCACCUUUACUCCAGCCCAGCAGAAAUACAUAGAAGAAGAACCAAAACUCUCCAAACAGCUGCUGCUGCAGAACUUUAACCGGGUGAAGCGCUGCAUCCUGUUCCUCAUUAAUGUGGGAAAUUAUAUCAACAGCUGCUUAGAGUGGGAGUCAACCAAGAGGAGCAUCUCCGCCUUCCUGGUGUUUGUUCUGGUGGUCUGGAAUCUGGAGCUCUACAUGGUUCCUCUGUCUCUGCUGCUCCUCCUUGGCUGGAACUACGUUCUGCUGCUGACGGGGAGAGAACCUCACGAGAGCAGCGUGAAAGCGAUGGAGGACCUGCUGGAGAAUGAAGAUGAAGAAGAUGAGAAGGACUCUGAUAAGAAGGGGUUUAUGGGUAAACUCUACGCUAUUCAGGACGUGUGUAUCAGCGUUCAGACGGCGCUGGACGAGGUGGCGUCGUACGGAGAGAGGAUAAAGAACACGUUUAACUGGACUGUGCCUUUCCUGAGCUGGUUAGCGAUCGCGGCGCUGUGCGUGGGCUCUGUGCUGGUUUACCUGGUUCCUCUCAGGUACAUCGUGCUGGUUUGGGGUAUCAUUAAAUUCACCAAGAAACUGCGGGACCCGUAUCUCAUCGACAACAACGAGCUGCUGGACUUCCUCUCCAGAGUUCCCUCAGACGUUCAAGUGGUUCAGUAUAAAGAGCUGAAGGUGGAAACGGGACAGAGUCCAAACAAGCGCAGGUAGAAGAUCCUGAGAUCUGCAGCUCAUUUAUCACAACAUAAUCAGACGCCCUGAAAUCCACAAAUCUUCUCCUCCUCUCAUCUCCACACUGCUGAGAUAAUUCACACCGGAUCCAGAUAAUCACUAUAAUUAUAUUUAUACAGUGUGUUAAUGAGAGCUGAAUGUGCCAAACGACUGAUUUUCUUACAAAAUGUGUUUUUUCUUCUAUUGUAGAAAAAAAAUGCUGUUUAAAAUUUAAGUGUGUUAAAAGUGUUAUUUUAAAGUCAUAUAUAUUUAUUAUUUUGUUUAGGAAAAUUAUGAAAAAGAGCUGAUGUGUCUGAUGUACAGUUUUUAUGUAAUUUAUGUUGAAAUACAACAUGAAUAUUUUAGAUUCACCAGCAAAAACAAUAAAUACCAAUAAUUAAGAAUUCUAAAACUGAUUAAUCUGUAAAUCAGUAAAUUCAUGGUGCAGGAAAAUGACGUUGACGGUGUUUUGGGUGUUUAAUGUGAAAAAAAAACAGACCCACCGUACAUAGUUUUUAAUUGAAUACGAAAUAAUUAUGUUUAUUAUAUAUAAUAAUACAUAAUAAUGACCAUUGUUUUUUUGUUGCUUUUGAUUUGUUUUUAUUAUUCUAAUAGUUCAGAAAUUCUAAUGUAGGAAAUAAUAUAAAGCCGUUUAUAGUUUAUUAAUGUUGAAAUGUAUAAAUAUAUGAUUGUUUGUUUACCUGACAAGAAAGUGUUUGAAGCUCUGACUGUAUGUUUUAAAAAAAUAUUAAAACAUUUAUUAUCUAAACAUAUGUCUUAAUUAAUUGUGUAAAUGCCACUGUACAGUAUAAUAAUCUUUAAUAUAUAUGUAUAUAUCCCAUGUUUCAUUUGAAAGUUAUAAUAAUGUUUUGCUUUGUUAACAUUUCUUAUUAACUAUAAAUUUCAAUACAUGUUUUUAUGUCUUAAAUAUUA